AUGGCAAUGACUCCAGACGACUCUUCUAACGACUGUGACACUCAAUCCUUAACGGAAAGUGUCACGGCAUUUCCAUUUGAGAAUGGCCGAAGGUAUCACAAGUACCAUGAGGGCUUAUAUCCAUUCCCAAACGACGAACAAGAACUAGACCGCCUUGAUAUGCAGCAUCACAUCUGGAAACAAAUCAACGAUAGCAAGCUACAUUUCGCACCUCUACGGGAUCCGAAACGGAUACUCGAUAUUGGCACAGGCUCCGGAAUCUGGCCGAUAGAAAUGGCCAGUCUCUUCCCCGAAGCAAGCAUAACUGGCACCGAUCUCUCCCCAGUUCAACCCACCGAAGUCCCACCAAACGUUCACUUUCUGGUCGAAGACGCUACAGAAGAAUGGCUCUGGGAAGCCGACUACUUCGACUACAUCCGUCUCAGCAACAUGACUGGCUCCCUGCCUUCAACCAAGGACGUCCUCAAAAAGGCCAUGCGUGUACUCAAACCCGGUGGAUGGCUGGAAUGGCACGAUAUCGACCCCGUCCCUAGAUGCGACGAUAACACAGUCCCGCCCCCAAACACAGAAGGCGGCUUCAGCGAGUACGCAUUACACGAUUGGAUAGAGUUAGAAGUCAAAGCCGCAGAAGAAUACGAGCCCUAUCGCCAAUUCCUAAUCGCAGAUAAGCUAGCCGCCGAAAUGAGACAGGAAGGGUAUGCAGAUGUCAACGAAAGAAUCACAAAAGUGCCCCUGAACCCCUGGCCAAAGGAUCCCAAAUUAAAGACGUUGGGCGCUUGGUACCAGGAAAAUUGGAUGACAGGCCUCUCGGCAUAUACGUACAAGCCGUUUCUGACGCUGGGGUGGACGAAACCGGAGAUCGAGGUGUUUCUGGUUUCGGUGAGGAAGUGUAUUUCCAAUAGGCAUUUCCAUGCAUAUCACAAUUUUCAUGUUGUAACGGCAAGGAAACCGUGA